AGUUUGUCCUGCUAUUUUUUGCAAUGUGAGAGGGCUUCUAUUAUUUCAUUUGUGGAUAUAAUGAAUUUGCAUUCAAGUUGAAUUGAUUUGCAUUAUAAAAGUGAGACGUUGACAAUUUGGAGGUUGAUUUCUGAAGAAGUUGGAAUUGAUUUCGAGAUGGAUCGAAUGAUGUACGAUGUAGAGAAUGAGCUCGCAGAUCGCACGAAAUCGUUUCGGUCGUAUACUGAAUUCUAUGAUCCGUGUCAUGGUGGUUUAACAAACAAUGGUUAUCGCCCGCACACGCAGAUCCGACCUUACAGAGCACAAUCCCAAGGGACAAACGUGGAGAGAGGCAUUAUACGGAGCAGUCAUCAGACAACAUCAUCGACAUACCUUACAGCAUCUCUCUAUCAACGGUUGAAAAUAAUCGUGUUCGUGAUGUCGUUUAUUGCUGUCACUUCAUGCAUUCUGUUUGCAGUCUUAUUUUCAGUUUACCACAUCAGAGAUAGGCAGGCUUUAAAUCACAGGAGGACCAACACCACGAACGUUUUAGAUGCAACAACCCUGGAAUCUAUAACUGAUAAGAGUGAGACACAAACAAUAAUAGAUAUAGCGACUGCAAAUCAAACCAUACAAACUUUUAUUCCAUCCACAGAAACUACAAUUUCAACCAAAAUGACAUCAAUUCCGACGAUAAAAACUUCAAUUCCUAUCACCGAAACGUCAAUUUUAACUGCAGAAGCUACGAUUCAAACCACUUCAAUUCCAACCACAGAAACGUCAAUUCCAACCACAGAAACGCCAAUUCCAACCACAGCAACAUCAAUUCAAGAAAUAGAAACUUCAAUACAAGCCACAGAAAUGUCAAUUCCAACCAAAGAAACGUCAAUUCCAACCAUAGAAACGCCAAUUCAAACCACAGAGACGUCAAUUUCAACCACAGAAACGUCAAUUUCAACCACAGAAACGUCAAAUCUAAUCACAGAAACAUCAAUAUCAGCCAUAGGAACGUCAAUUCCAACCACAGAAACGUCAAUUCCAACUGCAGGCACAUCAAUUCUAACCACAGCAACAUCAAUGCAAGCUAUGGAAACUUCAAUCCAUGCCACAAAAACAUCAGUUCCAACCACAGAAACGUUAAAUCCAAUCACAGAAACAUCAAUUUCAGCCACAGGAACGUCAGAAACUACGAUUCCGACAAAAGAAGCAACAAUUCCGACUACAAAAACUACAAUUCCAACCACAGAAACUUCAAUUACAACUACAGGGACUACAAUUCUUACGACAGAAACUACAAUUCCAACCACGGAAAUUCCAGCCACAAGAAGUGCAAUUGUAACUAAAGACACGUCGAUUCCAACCACAAAAACAACAAUGACAACCACAGAAACUACAAUGUCAACUACCGAUAUUGCAAUUCCAGCCAAUGAAACUUCAAUUUCAACCACAGAAACUACAGUUUCUACUACAGGAGUUACAAUUCUGACAGAAACUACAAUACCAACCAAAGACACUACAAGACUAACUACAAAACUUUCCAUUCCAACUACAAAAACAACAAUUCCAACCACAGAAUCUACAAUUUCGACAAGAGAAACUACAAUGUCAACUAUGGAAAUUACAAUUCCAGCCAAUGAAACUUUAAUUCCAACUACAAAAACUACAGUUUCGACAACAGAAACUACAAUUCCUACAACAGAAACCACAGUUUCGACAACAGGAAUUUCAAUUCCAAUAGAAACUAUAAUGACAACCAAAGAAACUACAAUACCUACUACAAAGGAUACCAUUUCAACAAAAACUACAAUUUCAAGCACAGAAACUACAAUAACCACAGAAGCUACAAUAACCAUAGACACAAACGCAUCAAGUGAACCGUGUUCGAGUGGGCUGCAUGAAUGCAAAAAUGGGUCCACUUGCGUACCGGCUGGAGGAACUACCUAUACGUGUUAUUGCAUACCCGGUUCUCUCACAUACGGAACCUAUUGUGAAUUAUCUACUGGAUCUUAACGGAAUGACUCGAAGAUCUUCUAUGGUUAAUCAGCUUUUACAGUCCUGACCUUCUUUAGGCUAAUAAUGACAUGUAGUGGGCGCUACAAUAGAGAGCUUUCGAAAUAAGUUAUUUGGAAUACGUAUACGCA